AUGGCCUCCCAAAACGAUAUCCCCUCGAGCCAGACCGCUAUCAUUCAGCACAAAGGUGGUAUUCUCCGAAUAACUCAUGACCUGCCGAUCCACGAACUUGAGCCGCAUCAAAUUUUGGUGAAAACCGCAUCUGUGGCCCUCAAUCCAUGUGACUUUAAGAUGCCUUUGAGAUUUCCAACCCCUGGUCUCUGGGAUGGAUGUGAUUUCUCGGGCACGGUCGUUGCACUGGGCAGCAAGGCGGUUGAAGAAGGCCGGCUGCGCGUUGGAGAUCUCGUGUUCGGUGCUGUUCAAGGCUCGAACCGGUUGCACCCGACAUCUGGGGCCUAUUGCGAGUACAUUCGGACCGAACCAGAUUACACUUUUCAAAUUCCUAAGGGAAUUGCUUUAAAAGAUGCACCCGCUCUUUCUGGCACUGCCAUUGCAACUCUGGGGGUUGCACUCUUUUGGUCGCUUCAAUUGCCCGGUACCUUUGAAUCCCCGGCAGUCAAAUCCGAGGACGUUCUUGUGUACGGAGGAAGCAGUACUGUGGGACUUCUAGCAAUUCAGAUGGUGAAACUGUGA